GGGAAAACAUGCGUCGAUGAAAUAUUUUUCCCGACCCACAAUCCCGUUGUCCGGUGUCAAACUCGGCCCACCUGUCAAACCCGUCCGUCUGUCAAAAGAACGGAACGAAAAUCCAAAGCAAUCAUCAAAACCAAAACUUCCUGACGCGCGAUCACGGGGCUCCUGCGUUAGGAUGGGUAACUACGUGUCGCUGUAUCUGACCAACCCGAAGGGAACUCCGCUGCCGCUAACGGAACCAAGCUUCGACCCGAACCUGGGUUUCCCCCAUGGCCGCAAGGAACGGGUAAUGAUUGCCACCGAGGAGGAGAUGGAAGCAGCCAAGUUGCCCCUGGAGGCCCGUGAUUACUGUGCCCACAAGCUGAUCCAGUACCGUGCCUGCCGGUCCGACGUGUGGCCAUGGGCGUACAAAUGUGCCCACGAAAAGCACGAAUACCUCAACUGCGAAUACGAUGACUACAUUCUCCGGCUGAAAGAAUACGAACGCGAGAAGAGAUUGCUGCAGCGGAAGUUGAGACUUGAAAAGAAGCAGGCCCAGGAGCUGCAAGCUUAAUCCGGGGGCCGGCACAACCGGUGCAUCUAAUUUCAGUCCAGCGAAACUUUUUCAGUUCCGGUGCGUCCCUUCUUUCCGGUACCGUACGCGCCCCACAACGCAUCAGCAUGUGCAUACAACAGAGUUAAUAGAGAAGUACAUAAUUGAAACGAAAA